AGCUACUGUUCGCUAGACUGCGCAUGACAGAAAACAGCUGCGAAGUGUCGCCGUUGACGUCAUAUCUAAGAGUCGUAUCGUAGUUAGAAGCUUUCGGUUCUGAGGCCUGCUUUUUUUUUUUUACUCAGCAGUUAAAUGCAAAUUAUGUUAAGUUAAAACACGUAACUUGGGCCAAACCGGGUCAGAACCAGUCCAUGAAUUUUUGGGGUAUGAUCUGAACCGGACCGAAAACCGGAGAUCACACACCAAUUAGGAGGAAACAGAAUUGAGGAACCAACUAGCGGGCUCGCAGCAAGCUGUGACAAGAUGACAUCAAGGAGGUGGUUUCAUCCAAACAUCACGGGAGUGGAGGCUGAGAACCUGCUUCUCACUCGAGGGGUGGACGGGAGCUUCCUGGCCCGGCCCAGCAAGAGUAACCCUGGGGACUUCACCCUGUCUGUCAGGCGAAAUGGAGCCGUCACGCACAUCAAGAUCCAGAACACAGGAGACUACUAUGACCUGUAUGGAGGGGAGAAGUUUGCCACGCUGGCUGAGCUUGUGCAGUAUUACAUGGAGCACCACGGGCAGCUGAAAGAGAAGAAUGGUGAUGUCAUUGAGCUGAAAUACCCGCUGAACUGCGCUGACCCAACAUCGGAGAGGUGGUUCCAUGGACACCUGUCGGGACGGGAAGCAGAGAAGCUGCUGACAGAGAAGGGGAAGAACGGCAGUUUUCUGGUGCGCGAGAGUCAGAGCCACCCUGGAGACUUUGUGCUGUCGGUGCGGACCGGAGAUGACAAGGGGGAGAGCAGCGACGGCAAGCCCAGGGUCACUCACGUCAUGAUCCGCUGCCAGCCGGAUCUCAAGUUCGAUGUGGGAGGUGGAGAGAAGUUUGACUCCCUGACAGACCUGGUGGAACAUUACAAGAAGAAUCCCAUGGUGGAGACUCUGGGCACUGUACUGCAGCUCAAACAGCCUCUGAACACGACCCGGAUUAACGCUGCUGAGAUCGAGAGCAGAGUGCGGGAGCUGAGCAAACUGGCCGAGACCACCGACAAGGUCAAGCAGGGCUUCUGGGAGGAGUUUGAGACCCUCCAGCAGCAGGAGUGCAAGCUGCUCUACAGUCGCAAAGAAGGACAGCGAGCGGAGAAUAAAAACAAGAACCGCUACAAAAACAUCCUGCCAUUUGAUCAUACUCGAGUGAUGCUAAACGAUAAGGAAAUCAAUGAGCUGGGCUCGGACUACAUCAAUGCCAAUAUAAUAAUGCCUGAAGUUGAGGUGAAGUGCAACAACACAAAGCCAAAGAAGAGCUACAUUGCUACGCAGGGCUGCCUGCAGAACACCAUCAGCGACUUCUGGAGGAUGGUGUUCCAGGAGAACUCCCGAGUCAUCGUCAUGACAACCAAGGAAGUGGAGCGAGGGAAGAGUAAGUGUGUGAAGUACUGGCCGGACGUGACUGUGCUAAAGGAGUACGGAGCCAUGCGCGUACGCAACGCCAGAGAAACCUCGGCACACGACUACAUCCUGAGGGAGCUCAGAAUGUCAAAGGUUGGCCAGGGGCCCGAUGACGAGCGGACCGUGUGGCAGUACCACUUCCGAGCAUGGCCGGAUCACGGCGUGCCUGGUGACCCUGGCGGUGUGCUGGACUUCCUGGAGGAGGUCAACAUGAAGCAGGAGAGCAUCCUGGAGGCUGGACCCAUCGUGGUGCAUUGCAGCGCUGGCAUUGGACGAACGGGAACGUUUAUUGUGAUAGACAUGCUUAUCGACGUCAUCCGAGAAAAAGGGGUAGACUGUGACAUAGACGUGCCCAAAAGCAUCCAGAUGGUGCGAUCGCAGCGGUCAGGAAUGGUUCAGACCGAGGCUCAGUACAGGUUUAUUUACAUGGCCGUACAGCACUAUAUAGAAACACUACAGCGCAGGAUCGAAGAGGAACAGAAGAGUAAAAUAAAAGGAAGAGAAUAUACCAACAUUAAGUAUUCGUUGACUGACCUGUCGGGGGGUGACCAGAGCCCCCUGCCCCCCUGCACCCCCACCCCCGUCUAUGCAGAUGUGAGAGAUGAUAGUUCCAGAGUCUACGAGAACGUGGGUUUGAUGCAGCAGCAAAAAAGCUUCAGAUGAGGUCAACCCGACUUGAGUUUCAAGUUGAAUGAGAAGAUUAUUUUAGAUUGUUGUAAACCUGCUCCAGAAUGCCUGUGAAACGGUUAAGAGAAUGAAGACUGAAUACUGACGGUGUAAACCCUUUCAUUGGCCUAUCUAGUUUGUUUUUACCCUGAUGUGAAAACCACUGUGUCCUACAUGGAGCCUGGUCCUUCAAAUCCAUUGUGUCCUACAUGGAGCCGGAUCCUUCAAAUCCAUUGUGUCCUACAUGGAGCCGGAUCCUUCAAAUCCAUUGUGUCCUACAUGGAGCCGGAUCCUUCAAAUCCAUUGUGUCCUACAUGGAGCCGGAUCCUUCAAAUCCAUUGUGUCCUACAUGGAGCCGGAUCCUUCAAAUCCAUUGUGUCCUACAUGGAGCCGGAUCCUUCAGAUCUAUUAUGUGUUUUUUUUUUUUUUUUUUUUUUUGAAACAUUCUUCUGAAAUUUGCCAUUUGAACUUCAGCACUUGAAAGGGUUGGGACUGAAAUACUGUACACUUAUUCAAUUUAUAGCCAUUAUAUAUAUAUUUGAUUUAAUAAUUGCUGACUUAAACUAGCCAACCAGCAUCGUCUCUAUAAAAGCUGUUUUUGAAAGUAUUUAACAUUUCUUGUACAAUACUGAAAAAUAAGUUUACCAAUUUAGGCAAGAACAGUUUUGAUGGACAGUGAAUUGUAUGCUUUUUUUGUCUUCUACUUUUCCUUUUCUCUCUUUUUAAACCUUUGCAAUAAUUUUUUAAAACUAGACUGGAUGCUUUAUAAAAAGGGAUUGAGUCAGUAUUAGACUAAAGCAUCAGCAGUCUGUACGUGACUUCAUUGCACUAAACUCAGUGCUGGGAGAACCGUUGUUUGCGCUGUCCUGAUAUGCCUGAUUGUGAGUACUUUGGGUAUCAUAUAGAAGUCAGGAUUCGGAAAGGGGAUGUUUGUAUCGAACUUUGUAUGGCAGCUUUUUUUGUUAAAUUGUCGCAGAGCAGCUAGCGGUGUAGAGACUUGACCACAUAGUCAAAAUAAAUUGCCUGAUUAUUCUCUGACAGCAUUUAAGCCAUUGUUUAAGUUGGGAGCAUUCUUUUGACUAAGCUCACUUUGUAAAUGGGGAACUUGAUUUGGACAAAAUGCAUGUUUUUAAUUGGGAAAUCAAUUGUCCAAUCUUGGAAGAAUUAGGUCUGAAGAAUAAUUAUUGAACAAGUUCUAAGUAAAAGGGACCUAAUAUCUUCUGAUGGUGCAGUGUUUCAAGUUCAGUCUGGUUUCAGUUCAGUCGCUUUGUGUCAGUUCCGUUUCAUCUUUAAAACAGCCUGCUGCUGCAAGUCUUUCUUUCAAAAAUUGGGUAUAGAUGUUCACCUUUACCAAGCCAGUGUUCCUACAGUACUACAGGCAUUUUUUAAAAAGGUUUGUAGGGCCACCAGUGUGCUCUUGGAUUAUGCUUUAUUGAAUCAUUUUCAUGAUCCUGUAAUAGGUAAUACUUCUGUUAUCCUUGGGAGCUGCCUGAGCUCUUCACUGUUUUUAUUUAUUUUUAUGGCCAAUGAUCACUUGAAGUACUGGUAGUGGGUUUAUUAUACAGUUGAAAAUGAUAAUGGGGUGUGGUAGAGACACGACUUCAGUGUUGAAGCUUUGUAAUGUCCUUUAAUAGCCUGCUAGUAAAGGGGUACUGCACAGUGCUGUUUGGUUUGUUUUUAAAGGAUUUUUGGUGCGAGACCAAAAGUUUGACAGAAAGAAUUAGAUCAUGCGACAAAUUCUGCUUCAAUUAUUAAGCAAAUAAGUGGCUAUGCCAGGUGAAUUUGAGUGUGUCACACAUUGUGUGGAGCAGGGUUAAACAGUGAUGGAUAGUGCCACACAUCGUGUGGAGCAGGGUUAAACAGUGAUGGAUAGUGCCACACAUCGUGCGGAGCAGGGUUACAGUGAUGGAUAGUGCCACAGAUCGUGUGGAGCAGGGUUAAACAGUGAUGGAUAGUGCCACACACCGUACGGAGCAGGGUUAAACAGUGAUGGAUAGUGCCACACAUCGUGCGGAGCAGGGUUAAACAGUGAUGGAUAGUGCCACACAUCGUGCGGAGCAGGGUUAAACAGUGAUAGAUAGUGCCACACACCAUGUUGUAAACCUUUUGUGUUCACACCACACUUGAUCAGAAACACACUUGGUAAGUGUUGCUAAUUUCUUGUGCGUUGCCUGUUUACAGGCUAAAACUGUGGUCCUGAUGGGCAUUUCUUCCCACGAGCUUUACCCUUUAUUCCUUCUCUGUCAGAUAAUUUCAGUGCUUUUGAGACGAAUGUCCCUAGCCAACGAAGUUACUGAUUUCACAGUUGUUCUAAAAAUGAAUUAUCGGUCACUGACCUGUUGACCACUAAGAUCAUUUAGAUUUUAUAUAUAUAUUAAUUUUUAGUAUCAAUGUUGCCUGAUGGGAUAAUGGCAACAUUUCAAUAAAAAAUAAAAGAUUUCUAUCCAAUAUGAGCAUCAACAUAUUCAUCAUUGGUGGCCAAAUGUGCUGCUAAUAUGUAAGGAGAAACGCACAUAGAAAUUCCUGUUUACUGCAUAGGUUUACUUUUUUCUGAGAAUAUAAAAUUAGUAAAUGACUGCCAUACAUUAUGGUUUUUUAACCCUUCAGAAGUAUAGUACAUUACUGUAUUACAUGUUACUA